AGGUAACCGCCGAGGGCCGACGAGUCGUGCGUGUGCGCGUGUGAUUACCGGCAGUGACAUCCGAAUACUCAGACACUAUGCGCCACCGGUUCGUCUUAUCCAUGCUGCUCUUGCUGCCGGCCGUCCGGGCCGCGGUCGGUGCGAAAAACGGACCUGAAAUUCGACCAAAAAACGAUGACGGCGUAUCAAUCAAUAGCCUAAAAGAUGUGGACCUCAGUUGCGACGGAGGUAGAUGUGAACCAGACGGACAAGACGUCGUCCCGUCGUCGAGUUGGACAACCACCAAGAAACCAAAUAUUUUUCAACUGACCAAUAAAUCGUGUCCCGGAUUCGAACUGCCCCCAAUUUUUCCUCGACAAAAAUGUGACACUGAUAGAGACUGCUGGCCAAGGAUAUGUUGUGGAUAUGGUGGACUCAACGGUCAGAAAUAUUGUCGGAUUCCUUUGCCAAGUUGGCGAAAUGAUUUAAUGAAAACCAUUACAAAAAGCCUCCGGUCCAGCAGGCCACCGUACCUGCAGUGCAGCCCGCCGCCGCCCAAGCGUUACGACCUGUUCCCCCGGAAGUGCCGGACCACCGUGGACUGCCUUCCGGACCUUUGCUGCCCGGAAACCGGAAGGAACGUCUGCCGGCCACCCAAGGAAAUAAUACGGCCAAUCAGGGUCCGGGUGUCCAUCGGGUAGGCGGCGUCGGCGUCCGUUGUUAAUUACCAGCCCGACUGAGUUUGCCACCCAGUCAAAUCUAUCGCCGAUCGAAAUGCAAACCACAAUGUCAAUCCCACAGAGCAUUUUUAUAAUUUUUUUUGCAAAUGUUUUAAAUCCAUCGCAAAAGACUUGAAACGGCAAAUUUAUAACACGACAAGCGUCUACGGAUAAAUAUUUCUAAGAUGCUUUUUUUUUCAAUGCGUUCGUAGAUGUUUUUCCGAAACGUUUAUAAAACUUUUUCUACUACUAUAAUAAUAUUAUUUUGCAUUGCGGGAAAAAACAUUGUUCUGUGUUAUUGUUUAAUCGUACCUAUCUAGUCAUUACUCAUUUGUAAAUAUUGUGAAUCGCCAAAUCCUUCCGAACACUCGAACAAAUAGGGAUUACGCUUAAAAAUUAAUUAUUUUUGUAUAAUCGUAUUAAGGAUCAUUUUUGUUAUUAUUUAUUAUUUGUAUUAUUAUUAU